GACUCCUUAUCAGAAUCAUCUGAGCCAAUUUAAGCCCAGUCUGAACCAUCACGGAACUCUGGGUUCCUUCAGGAUGAUCCCACGGUGUAGCCAAGCCAAUCUGGGGUUCAGCCACUUUAUGAACAGCAAUGGAACUCUUUCGGGGGGGAAGUUCAGUCGACCACCUGCUGAAAUGCCCCAUGGUGUCACUGAACUCUAGGAUGAAGGAUCCACCUCAGCUUUAGCCCAAAACACUUGUUUGAAUCGGAUGGAGCUGCGAGGGGUCCGAGGUCCGGUGAGCGGUGGUCAGGAGUUAAGAGGAAUCGGUCUGGUGGUUCCAGCUCCCGGCGCUCCAGCCAGUUCCCUCAUUUCAGCCGUGCAGCAGCAGGACUACUCAGCCAGCGUGUGGCUUCGCCGGAGGGAGAAAUUGGAACAUUCUCAGCAGAAGUGCAUCGUGAUCUUUGCCUUGGUGUGCUGCUUCGCUGUGCUGGUGGCGCUGAUCUUCUCUGCUGUGGACAUUUGGGGCGAAGAUGAGGACGGCAUCACAGAGGAGAACUGUAGCAGGGACUGCAGAGCGGUGCUGGUGGAGAACAUCCCUGAUGACAUCUCCUUCAUGGACAAUGGAACAUCCACUCUAGCGCUCUCCUCCGGGCUGUACAACCUGCUGGACCAGGCCAUCCGUGUGGUGGAGAUCGUUUCUCCACUGUGGCUCCUCAACUCCUCAGAAUAUGAGUCGAGCUUCCUGCCCGCAGCGAGACAGGGCAGGGCUCUUCUGUCCAGGCUGCAGUCUCUGAAGUCCAGAGGGGUCCAGCUGAAGAUCUCCAGCGGGAUGACGGACUCAUCUGAGCUCAAGGCUCUUGCCCAAAACUACGCUGAGGUUCACUACGUAAACACGACAGCUCUGACCAAGGGGCAGUUGCUCUCCUCCUUCUGGGUGGUGGACCGGAAACACUUCUACAUCGGCAGCGCCAGCAUGGACUGGAGAUCUCUGGCCACGAGAAAGGAGCUGGGCGUGUUGGUCUACAAUUGCAGCUGUCUGGCUUUGGACCUGCACCGGGUCUUCAGCCUCUACUGGGGUCUCCAGUUCAGAGACUUCAUCCCAUCUUUCUGGUCCAAGAGGCUGUUUGCCCUCUUCAACAGAGACGCCCCACUGGAUCUCACCUUCAACAACACCAAGGCCCAAGCUUAUGUCUCUACUUCUCCAGAAGUCCUCAUUCCCAAGGACCGGAGCAGUGACCUUGAGGCCAUUUCCAGGGUCAUACAGGAAGCCAGCCAUUUCAUAUACAUCUCCAUCAUUGAUUACCUGCCGCUGCUCAGCAGAAAAGCCCACAGGUACUGGUCUCGUAUCGACGGGCUUCUCCGCGAGGCUCUGAUCCUGAGGAAGGUCCGGGUGCGUCUGCUGAUAAGUUGCUGGGAAGAUACUGAUCCGCUCACUUUCAACUUCAUCUGGUCCCUCAGGAGUCUGUGCAUGGAGCAGGCCAACUGCUCCCUGGAAGCAAAGUUCUUCAAACCCAGAGUGCAGCAGGACGGCAGUCUCCAGGGGGUAAACCACAACAGAUACAUGGUGACCGAUCGAGCCAUUUAUUUAGGGAACCUGGACUGGAUGGGAAAUGAGUUUACCAUCAACGCCGGAGCAGGUCUGGUGAUCAGUCAGCCCGAAGGGGUCGAGGAGAGGAACUCUACAGUGGUGGAGCAGCUGCGAGUGGCGUUUGAGAGAGACUGGUUUUCACGCCACACGCUCUCCCUCCAAGCUAACAAGAUCCCCAUCUGCAGCAAACACCAAAUCAACAAGCUGGCUCCGGUCAAGUCCAGCCACUGGGACGAUGUGCUGGUCCGAACAGGACCGCAGGAUCACAGGCUGGCACCGAUCAUCCACAAAGACCAUGGCCUGACGCCAGUGAAACCCAGGAAACACAACAGAAUAGGUCACCAGGGUCACGACGGUCGGAGCAAACGGCCUGAGCCAGCUGAGGACAGACACCAAGAGAGAAGCUAUGUGAGUCACCUCGACAACAAACGGAUACAAAUCAAAGGAACAGAGAAGCACAGCCAACCUUCAGAGAGCAGCGGCAGCAGAGAGAUCCACAACGACUUCCUGUGACGCCUCGGAUCAAAGCGCACAAGUUCCUUUGAUGGAAUUUAAGACUGUCUUUUUGUAGCUCUGUACACGAUAAGGAACUCAGGAAGGAAUGCACUUUGGUUGCCGGUUGAAAACGAUUGUUAUGACUCAGCACUUUUUAGAAAGCCUGCUGAGCUCGAUCAGGAAUGUCUGUUAUCGACUUUAUGUCAAUGGUACUCUGUUUUUUACUAUAAGAAACGAGUUUCGAUCAUCUGCAUGGUGCUCAGCAACAACUUCCUAACUGACUGAAGGACAAUACCUGAAGUGUAGCUGUGUGUUUGCAUGAGUUUCUUUUGGUGACAGACCAUAGGAGGGUAUUCAGAUGAAUGGCAACACCUUUUCUACCUGUGAAACUGUCAACUCAAUUUUUGUAAAUUUACUAUCAACUCAUCAGAAUCAAGGUUUUUUUUCUGAAUCUCACAGUUGUUUGUUUUAACUCAGUAUUCUGUCAACAUGAAAUUAUUUUUUUAAAUAUAUAUAUAAUAUUAGAAAAUGUUUUGUUUAUUUUUUAAAGCCUUUAAAAUUCUGAAAUAAGCAGCUCAUUGAUGCUACCCAAGUUGUGCCACAGAAUCCUAUAAUAUAUAAAUAAAAAUGUGUCUCAUUUAACUUAACCGAUAAACCACAAUGUAGUGGGGCACUGCUCAUGUUUUCAUGCAUACUGUGUAGCAUCUAAGUCUAAACCUCAGAGGACUAUGUUGCUGCAGACUCUCUGACAUCUCAGUCAGAACUAGCUGUACGUCCUUGGAAAUGAUUUCAUAGCCAUCCUGACCCGUCAGAUAAACAACAGUCCUUUCUGGGAGCCCAUGUCCUCCUCAAGACACCAGAACAUCUCACUGAUCUGGCGGUGUUCCUCUGGCGUGUCUCUGACAGCACAAAUAUAUUGUAGUGAGGUAUUGAACAGAUACUGAUGGAGCAGUUUGGAGGGCACCACCAGAGAUGCUCGGGGUCUCUUCAGUCCAACAAAUCAAUACGAUGAAUUUUUAACCAAGACUGUCACGACCGAUGGUUUAAGCUGAAUGGCAGGGAAGCUUUCUCUGCUCUCCCUGUUUUUCUACUGCUCUUGCAAUGUAUGCCAAUGUAUUUAAGAGAUGGUUUCAGUUCCCUGUGACACAAAUUAAAAACUGAAUACUGGCAUAUUUUCAAAAAAAUCACUGUAAAAUAUUUGGCGCAAAAUGGAGGCGUUUACAUUUGAGCUUGUAUUUGUUUAUCCAGAUCAGGUUGGCUUGUUAUUAACACAAACACAGCACAUUUCAUGAGCUUCAGUCAUGUUUUUGGGGUUUCCCUCCACUAUUGUCAAUAUGCUCCACUACUUCGAAGAACGCAUAUACACGAUUAUUAGGAAAUAUUUUCCGCAAGAAGCCGUAUAUUCUUGGAAAUAAUACACAUUUCAGUCACUGCUAAGGUGUCUGUUACACUGUGGCGCUAACGCGAUGACUGCUGCCAUCUAGUGGAGGACUUGUGGAAUGAAGUGAGGCUUCCUUUAAACGUGUUUUUCAUUUAUAUAAUCUGGCAUUUCGUGUUUGGGAAGGCUCAAAACAAAUACACAGGAAUCGAUACAGUAUAAUUUCACACACUUGUCUAUUUCUUCUACAAAGUCUGAUUAUUGACAGACAUUGGUGCCUACACUAGUUUGAUUUAUAUAUACAUUAUAUUCCAGCUGUCUGGUGAUCACAAACACCCAUGUAUGAAUCCUCGUCAAGGUGUGUGGCAGUUGCUUGAUAAUAAGAUAAGAUCUCACACCCAUAAUAACUUUCCUCAUGUAUUUUUCCUUCAUUUCCCUCAAAUAUUUUCUAAAAAUAAAUACUAUGUCCAGUAUCUACUACAGUAAGUGUAUGAUCUUCUUGGCUUCACCGGAAGCAGGAAAAUGCUGCUAUUCAUUUAUUUAUUUUUAGAAUUGGGGGAUUUUGGGUUGUGUUUACAAACUGUCUGGUACCUGCUCGCCCAUGAGGAACCAUGUUAAACCCCCAAAAAUCUGCACACUUUAUAACAUUAAAAAUAGUCUACUAAUAUUGUUGGAUAAUCACUAUAAUGAUUGCAAAAAAUGUUUUUGAUUGUCAGUCACAUGUAUUUAUGUCCUUCAAUUUAAUCAUUUUUUUAAAGCCGAUUGUAAUGGUGUUUACUGUCCGUUGUUGACUUCUCUGGCAUGACCUGCGCUUGCAUGCCCUGCCUUUAUGAACCGUGCCCAGUAGAUAUUUGCCUUUCUAUUCACCGAGAUGUAACAGAGUCUGUAUCCCUUUAGAAAACGUUUGAAUGUAUAUUUAUUGGACACUUUGUUAAUGGAAACUGCUGAUACA